AUGAGCACGGCCAGAACAGAGAACCCUGUUAUAAUGGGUCUGUCCAGUCAAAACGGUCAGCUGAGGGGCCCUGUGAAGCCCAGUGGUGGUCCCGGAGGAGGGGGCACACCGACACAGCAACAGAUGAACCAACUGAAAAACACCAACACAAUCAAUAACGGCACUCAGCAGCAGGCACAGAGUAUGACCACCACUAUUAAACCUGGUGAUGACUGGAAAAAGACUUUAAAACUCCCUCCAAAGGAUCUAAGAAUCAAAACUUCGGAUGUAACCUCCACAAAAGGAAAUGAGUUUGAAGAUUACUGUUUAAAGCGGGAGUUACUGAUGGGAAUUUUUGAAAUGGGCUGGGAAAAGCCAUCUCCUAUUCAGGAGGAGAGCAUUCCCAUCGCUUUAUCUGGUAGGGAUAUUUUAGCUAGAGCAAAAAAUGGAACGGGCAAGAGUGGUGCCUACCUCAUUCCCUUACUUGAACGGCUAGACCUGAAGAAGGACAAUAUACAAGCAAUGGUGAUUGUUCCUACAAGAGAACUUGCUCUACAGGUCAGUCAAAUCUGCAUCCAGGUCAGCAAACACAUGGGAGGGGCCAAAGUGAUGGCAACCACAGGAGGAACCAAUUUACGUGAUGACAUAAUGAGGCUCGAUGACACAGUACACGUGGUAAUCGCUACCCCUGGGAGAAUCCUGGAUCUUAUCAAGAAAGGAGUAGCAAAAGUUGAUCAUGUCCAGAUGAUAGUAUUGGAUGAGGCAGAUAAGUUGCUGUCACAGGAUUUUGUGCAAAUAAUGGAGGAUAUUAUUCUCACGCUACCUAAAAACAGACAGAUUUUAUUAUAUUCCGCUACUUUUCCUCUUAGUGUACAGAAGUUCAUGAAUUCCCAUUUGCAGAAACCCUAUGAGAUUAACCUGAUGGAGGAAUUAACUUUGAAGGGAGUAACCCAGUACUACGCAUAUGUAACUGAGCGCCAAAAAGUGCACUGCCUCAACACAUUGUUCUCCAGGCUUCAGAUAAACCAGUCGAUCAUUUUCUGUAACUCCUCUCAGCGAGUUGAAUUGCUAGCCAAGAAGAUUUCUCAACUGGGUUAUUCCUGCUUCUAUAUCCAUGCUAAAAUGAGGCAGGAACAUCGAAAUCGUGUCUUUCAUGAUUUCCGAAAUGGCUUAUGCCGCAAUCUUGUUUGCACUGAUUUGUUUACCCGAGGUAUUGAUAUACAAGCUGUGAAUGUGGUAAUAAACUUUGACUUCCCAAAGCUGGCAGAGACCUAUCUCCAUCGUAUUGGAAGAUCAGGUCGCUUUGGUCAUCUUGGCUUAGCUAUCAACUUGAUCACAUAUGAUGAUCGCUUCAACCUGAAAAGUAUUGAGGAGCAGCUGGGAACAGAAAUUAAACCUAUCCCGAGCAACAUUGACAAGAGCCUGUAUGUGGCGGAAUACCACAGCGAGCCUGUAGAAGAUGACAAACCGUAA